AUGUUUGUCGCCAAUCUUGCCGUUGACGAUGUGACCUGGUAUCAUGAUCGCCAGGGCACCGUUCAAUGCUCGGGCAUCAACUUCAUUCAAGAUCUCCCGCGAUUCAUGGUGCUAUUGUACGCGUUACAACGCUUCGAGGUUCACGAUUGGGACCGAAACAAGGACUUCCUUCCAGUUCAAGUUGAGGGGAAACGAUGCCACGAAUCCAAAAUCCAGGAUAAUGAUCUUGGAACGGUGGAUCUGUUGCUUUACACCAGUCACGACGAAAGGGAUGGCAUGGUGGCCAAGAUCUUUUGGGGAGAUGAGGGUCGUACUAGCGAGCCAAAAAUCUUGGACAAAGUUGAGAAGAUCGCCAAUGUGCACUCGACCGUCCAAGGACAUAUUACUGAGCUACUCUGGCACCGCGGGUUGACAAAUCCCACGUCCACCAUACAAGAAGUGUUCGGAGUCCCAGAACCCACCACGGGCAGUCGCGUGCUCUACAUCCUUGUAUUCAGGAAGCUCUAUCCCAUUCCGAAGCUUUACGGCAAAGAGCUUUUUGACGUCUGGUAUCAAUGUAUCCUAUGUCACUUCACUCUGUGGAAGGAAGGGGUCUAUCAUCGAGAUAUCAACCUUGGAAACUUGAUGUGGUACAGGAUUAACGGCAGACUGAUCGGUGUCUUAAAUGACUACGAUCUAUCUUCGUUGGCGGAUGACCCGGGUCCUCGGGGAAACGAGCGUACGGGCACGGUACCGUUCAUGGCCCUCGAACGUCUCACUCCAGAGGCCCAACGAGGCGAAGUUAAACACCUAUACCGCCAUGAUCUAGAGUCGGAGUCCUUUCUACCAGGGAAAUCACGCCUUCUUGACGAGUGGGCGACUUUAGGCGCCAUUGCAUGUGGCAAGGAAAAGUUGUUCUUUCUGUUCGAUCGCUUCAGUUAUCAACCCCCAAACCUCCAAACUUCUCAAUCGGACAUAGGUUGGUCCUUAUGGGAUCUCCUUAUGGAUUGUUUCCAGGUGCUCGAUAUAGAUGCCUACAAUCGCCGUAGGCGCAUUCGCCAUCUUCACCAUGUUCAGCAGGGAUUGAUGGAAGGAUCAGGCGAGCAGCUAGACGCCAAGGAAACAAUAGCAGAUAUGGAUCAUAUGCUAAGCAAAUUCACAGGGACUAUGGCCUGGGUAAAGCUCAGCAACCUUUCAGCUUCACAGUGA